AUCAAGGGCAUUCUCGACGAGUACCCAGACGGGACCCAGAUUGCUCGAGAACUUUUACAGAACAGCGACGAUGCUCGCUCCAAGGUGCAGUGGUACCUUCUCGACCACCACGACCGCCGCCCUGAAUCCGCAGGCCUGCGACUCUACCACCAAGCUUUGGCCGAAUACACUGGACCAGCGUUGUUGGCUGGCAAUGACUCGCUGUUUGAGGAGAAGGACUUCACGUCCAUGCAGAACCUUGCUGCCAGCGAGAAGAAGACCGACGAAACCAAGAUUGGUCAGAUGGGCAUCGGAUUCAACAGUAUCUACCAUAUGACCGAUUGUCCUUCGUUCAUCUCCGGUGAUCAGCUUGUGGUGAUAGAGCCGCACGAGCGAAUUUUCAGG